AAGGUCAAAACCACGGCUGAAUAUGGAAGGCCCUGGUCCAAAUCAUGAGACAGACAGAAUUCACAUGUGGGAUCCCCGGGCCUGCAUUCUGAACCACCUAGCUGAUGAUGCCCCCAGCUGGGAGACAAUACUCAUGGGAUUCAUCAACUCGGCUUGUUAACAGGAUUAUACAAAAUACCUGGGUGCAACUUUAAUUCUAACUGGAAAAUACCUGUCUUUACAGAAACUAGUAUUGCUCCGGAGGGACAACAGGAAUUUCCUUUGAGAAACUGGAAAUAUUUAUCCCCAGUUAAAUUUUGGCCGAAGGGUAUUUCCUAUUUUCCAGUGCAAGCUGGGGUAAAGAACCACCCAUCAUUUCGGAGACGUUACCUGCCACCAUGGAGACUGGGGGCUUAUCUGAAACUCAGCCUGCUACUCCAGAAGUCCAGCAUAUUGCUGACCAGGUGAAGCCAGAAUUUGAAAGAAGGGAACACAAAAGAUAUGAUACCUUUCGAGCCAUAGUAUAUAGGACUCAGGUGGUUGCUGGAACGAACUACUUCAUUAAGGUUCAAAUUUCUGAUACCAGCUACGCCCACUUAGUGGUGUUCCAAGCCCUUCCCUAUGAGAAAAAAGAUCCCAUCAUUAUCAGAUAUGUGAUUGACAAAACCAGAGAUGAUCCUCUGGAGUACUUCUGAGAGAUGGUGGGGAAUGUUUCCCGACUUCUGCAAGUUGCACGGGGAUUCUGCCUGUGUCAGUAAAUGCAUGAGAAUAAAAUAAGUUUUGAAAGCUGU